CUAGUAUUUGUGUAUAUGUGAGUGUUAUAAAUUCAAAAUCUCGUUGACAAUAUUAUCAGUGUUUGAUUCUUUUGAAUCAUUUGUGUCUGUCGUCACAUUAUUACCUUGACCGUGACAAAUCAUAGCCUCAAGACUUUAAAACCGCAACCAUUUGUUGCUAAAAAGAAUAAAAUUCAAUACAAUUAAGUGUAAUCAUUAUAUCCUAACCAUUUUGCAAAAAAAAUAAGAAAAUGACCUUAACAAAUGUCUCUGGUCAAAUGGUUUGUUAACUUGUUGCUCUCGAAUAUGUAGAAUUUUGGUAAGAAUUGCAUCAAACUUUUGUAAUUAUAUACAGAUAUAAGUGAGAACAUAUGACACGGACACGCGUCAAAAAAAAAAUUGAUGGUCGACCAGAUGAUGAUAAUCAUGAUCAUCAUAAUUAUCAUUGACUGGUGGGUUUAUUUUUCUUUUGCUAAACGAAACCGACAGAAAAAAAAUAUUCAGAUACCAAUAAUACAAUAUGGCGUAAAAUUAUAGCUAAAUUAGGUUUCGGACCAAAUGGUUAUGAUUUCAAUGAAAGUUAAGAGAAACAAAAACAUGGAUAAAUCUUACAGAACGACUUUUUGAAAAUGAACAAACACGUGCCAAAAUUUCGACAUAUAACCGAUGUUAUUAUGACAAGAAAUGAAAAUGUAUAAACAAUUUAACUAAUGUUACUGAUUUUCCAUUAUCCAUACACCAUAGGCUUUGGCUUCGAAACAUGUUUACAGUUUAAUCCAGUAAUUCAGUAUUAAAGUCAUAAUGAUGAUCAUAAGCAUGCUAUUUGUCUUAAUUAUUGUCGGAUAUAUGCAUUUGUGUGUUGGUGGGAUGAUCAACUUCGAUCCAUAUAGACAAAACAAUAUUGUUCGAAAUUGAAACCAAAAAUAAUUCGACUCCUCCUCCAUCACUAUAUUCAUUUCAAUAAUUUUCCAUUUGGCCAUUGACGUAUGAGUAUAUAUUCCAUUCAAUUCAAAUAUUUCCUUUGGUAUGAUCAUUUCAAAUAUCCAAAAAAUGAUGAUGAUGAUAAUCACCAACAUUGGAAUUCAUUAGUUGAUUUCAUGUUUGGUUAUUAUGCCAUGAACGGUCAUAAUUACUCUGAUAUUUAAUCAUCAUAUGACAAAUCGAUUUUUUCUACAAUCAUUUAUUCAGACGAAAACCCCCAUAGUAAACAUUUGUUUCUAGUUUAAAUUCUUGGUGUCAACAAGUUGGUGUGAAAUAAAAUAUCCAACAUUAGUUACAAUAACAAUUUCUAUUCAAUCGGACAAUAUUUAAAAGCAAUUCAAAUCAAGAUAUUCUUAUAUUUAUCAAAAUUUGUCAUUUGCAUUCAUAUCGUCAGAAAUUAUUAUAAAAUAUUUAAACUAAAUCAUGGUGGACCACAAUAAUAACAUUCAAACUAAUGUCAUUGAUGGCGGACAAUCAAAAACAUUAUCAUCAUCACCAACAGUAUCGAAUAAUGUUACAACAACAAAAAUAUUGAACUUUGCCAUGGAAAAUAUUCUCGCUUCAUCUUCAAAUGCUUUAAAAACCAAACAAAAUCAGCAGGAUUCUUGUCUGUCUAUAGAUUUAAAUUUUGAAGCAAAAUCCGAAUCUUCCUCAACUUCGGAAGAUUUUUCAAAAAAGAUUUGUAAAAAUACAGUCAGCAAUAAUGAUGAAAAGAACACUUCCGAAACUAAUUUGAUUAAAAAUACGAACCACCACGAAGAUAAUAUCGUUCAUUCAGGCCAAAAUAAUUCUCAUAAUAAAUCGACAAUACAAACAAAUAAUUCAAUGAUCGGGUAUGGUGGGUCAGGAUAUUUUAAUACAUCGUUCAUCGAGCCCAUACAUUCACCAUUGAAUACAAAUUAUUCCACUUCCGGAAUACCUGGUUCAUCGUCAUCAUCAUCUUUUGAGUAUGUUAUUCCACAUUUGUUGUUUAGUCAACAGCAACAAAUGAAUUGGAUGCGUAAUCAAUAUCCACGAUUUAUGCCACAAACCUCAUCAAUAAAUUCGAUUACAGAGAAUGAUAAUAAUGAUCGUUUAGCUUAUUGGAAUUGUCUAAAAGAUCAAUAUCAAUAUUUAUUAUCAUCAUCAAGUGUUUUAAAUAAUGAUUAUAUGACUACCGUUCUAUCGCAACGUACAAUUUUGAAUGAAUCAAUAUUACCGAAUGCAACUCAAAAUUUUACAUCGAAACAACAACAACAACAGCAUCUAACUAAAUCAUCAUAUGCCAAUAAUCAACAGCAAACCAAUAAUAAUAAUAAUAAUAACAGCAACAAGAAUGCCAAACGAAAACGAACCUGGUCACGAGCAGUAUUUUCAACAAAUCAACGACGUGGUCUGGAAAGACGAUUCGCAAUACAAAAAUACAUUACCAAACCGGAUCGUCAUCGUUUGGCCGAAGAAUUGAAUCUAACCGAUUCGCAAGUGAAAGUUUGGUUUCAGAAUCGUAGAAUGAAAUGGCGUCAUUCUCUCACAUUUCAAGCACAAUUACCACUUGUUAUGGAAUCUCGGGCAUUACAAAAUUUGAUGAAACAAAAAAAUGGAAAAAUGAAAACAAUUAUGAUGGCCAUGAAUGACCAUAGUCAUCAGAAAAAAUGAAGUUAAUC